GUGCAUCUUCAUAUGAGACAGCACGCGAUAAUCUGGCCGAUGAAUUAUGCACGGCGGAGCAUGAAUAAUACACUGAGGGGUGACGCUCGUUUUCAGAGACCGGCCGGUGCCCGACGGUGUCCCACAUGACCUACUUUCAAAAGCUUUAAUGCAGGAGAGAUGCAGCCGCAGUGAGAAGCAAACGAGACCUUCCGCACUGAAAAAACAAGCUCACUGUUUGAUGUGUGACCGAAGUCGUGUGGACCUCAGGUGACGUGAAGGUCACGAACGGAUCGUUCACUUGGAAGACUUGAACAGUGGUAGAGAAGCAUCCUCGGCGAUUGUUUUUUUUUAAUCGUUCAUAGUUUUAAAACGAAAAGACUUGAGCUAACGGAAAAAGGGGACCCUGGAGCCAUUGACUGUUGCACUUGCAACAGCAGGAUUAUUUAUUUCUGCUAAAACCACAGUCAUUUCAGCACAUGCUGUUGGGUUUUGUAUUGAGCCAUGAGAUUUGCCUUUGCCAGCUGAAAUCUGCACAUGAACAACAUAAAUGCUUCUAAAGGAUUAUUAAAAUGACAGUUUUGCCUCAGUUAUGUCAUUCAGUUUGACAGUCAAGCGUUCUGUAAGCAAUACUAGUUAUUUAACGACUACCUUCAACAUGGUAGUGCUAGCUAUGUAUGUUAUCAGUUUAAUAAAUCUAAUUCAACAAUGAUUCUAAGCUCAGGAGAUAAUUUUAUUGCUAAUCAGUGAAUUCGUCUUUUGGUAGGUCCAAUCAUGUUGUCACUUCCAUUACUACGUCACACUGACGUUCCACCGAGAGUGACUGAGAACUUCAUUCUGUCUGGUUAUCGUUUCCCCAACUACAGCCUACGGCAGUGCCUAGUCUCUGCUUUUCGUCCCACCAAUGAGACCGGAAACUUCUGGACACAUUUCCUCCCCAUUUUUGUGUUUGCCUUUCACUUUCUUGAGGUUUUCACGUGGGAAGGAGCGGCGGAACCUAGCAAUCCUUUUUUCUACCCUUUCUGGAACUACUUCCUGGGGGUGUUGUACCUGCUGCUAGCCAGCAGCCUGGCUCAUCUUCUCAACUCCAUGUCACUCAUCAUUCGUGAAAUCUGUUUCUUUGUGGACUAUGGGACUAUUAGUGCGUAUACAGUGGGUUCCUCACUGGCAUAUUACUACUACAUCCAUCCUCAAGCAGGAAUACCAGAGAUUGGAUUCGGGGGGCUGAACUCUACCCAAAUGAAGAGCCUAAACGCUAAUGAUGAGGCUUGGCCCUCUGCAUCUUCUCCCACUCAGUUCCAGCUGUUCUUUGAAAGCCUCUACAUCCCAUCCUCCUGUCUCGUCGCUAUCGUAUGCGUCAUCACCUGCUGUAACACCAGACAGUGCUGGCGGAGGUACCGCUAUGCUGUCCGCACCCUUGUCUUCCUCCUUCCGUUUUUUGUCUCCUCCACUCCUGUCUUCUACCGUCUCUCCGUGAGCUCGCCGUCAUCCUCCUCCCCUCAUCUGUUCUCCACCAUGGCUGCCUUCUUCUACCGCCAUUGCUUUUGGCUGGUGGUAUCUGCCCUCUUCAAUAUCAGUAAGAUCCCAGAACGUUUUUCUCCAGGGAACUUUGAUAUCUGGGGUCAUAGCCAUCAGUGGUUCCAUUGCUGCACCUUCCUUUCGAUCCUGGAUGAGCUGCAAAUGAUCAAAGUAGAGAUGCAGGCCCUGCUUCUCAACCCAACUUUGGUACUAUCACCUGCAAUGCCACCUAGGCUCCCUGGACCAACACUCUGGUCCACCUAUGGGGUCAUGUUGCUCCUGCAGGGGUGCAUAGCAUGCAUUAUAGCCGGUUUUGGUUGGCAGGCGUAUCAGAUCUACGCACCAGAGCAAAAAAAGCUAAAGGUACAUUAGGAGAGACACUGUAUGCUGGUCAGGUUUAAAGAUCUUGUUUUGGAUUUUCAUUUUUGAACAAUGUUUCAAUGAUGAUGAACUCUGUAAUUUCAAU